CUCAUGACCAAGAUCAAGACAGAAAGAGAGAGAGGAGGACAGUUCUCUAAACGAAAUGAGAAUACAUGUCAUCUUUGGUAUCCUUUUGAUUUUCACAGGAACUGUCAUGGGUUUGCUGUUUCAGGAUCCUGUUGUCUGUAGAUUUAAUCAGCGUAAUCAGUGUUGUGUAGCUCUGGGACAACGACUGCACUUGCAAAUGGUCAUGGAGGAUGGGUUGGUCUUAAAUAAGAACAACGGGACAUUUGACAAGGCUGUCAUUUUGAGAUAUAGAAAAACCCAAAGUAACCCACCAAAACCAAAUUCCCCAAAAUGGCAGUGUGUUAAUGAUAAUAAAACUAUAAUACUAAUAACCAUUGCAGAGAGGAGUGACUCUGGAACAUACACUUUAGACAUCUUUGAUGCAAAGGGGAAUAAAAAAGACAAUUAUACUCUCCAGCUAAACACUGAAGCCACGGUGUCCUCAGUGAAAGUGACAUACAGCUGCUUGUCUCCUGAGCUCAGAAAAGUGUGUUGUUCUGCUGAUGGAGACAACCUACACUUUCACUGGAACUCUGAUUUAAUCAAACUCACUCAACUGGAGGACGAGAACAGUGCUUUCCUGCUGGAUAAAAACAAUCAUGGAAAUGUUAGCUGCCACGUAAAAAAUCAUGUCAGCCAUGACCAUAACACCAUUGCUGUCCACCCAUGUCCCGUGACCACUUGCACACAGUCUAAUAAUGGUUUCAUGGUGUUUCUGUCUGUGUGGCUAUUUGAAGUCAUCAUCCUGGUGUCUUUGUUUGUGGGAGCAUUUUACAUCUACACCAGAACCUACACAUCAACUGAGAAUCCAGGACCAGGAAGCUCUGUAAACCUGAAUUAGGAAUUGAAGAAGCAGUCCAUGGUUGCUCUUCUCCAUGGUAGCAAUCAUCACUCUCCAUCCCAUCCAGCCUUUUUCAAGAAACAAAUUCAGCCUCAUCAAUCCUGCAGAUUCCUUCAUUAAUUGAGUACUACUUUUUUUUAAAGAGUUAUUUCUGUUCAGAUUUGUUUCUAAUAUUCUGUCAGGUCAACACUGUCUGUGAACUCAGUUCCCCAGAAUACACUGCAGCUUACAGACAUGGCUGCCCCAGACUACACUACCCAGAACGCACCACCAACGACACGUUCGCAACCACUGGACUAUUGAACACACUCACCUGUUCUCAAUCACACACACACACUUUAAAAGAGAGACUUUCAUUCACAAGAAUUUGCAAAGUAAACGCUCAGUUUGUGUGUGAAUCCAUCUGACCUCUGGUUAUUGUGACAUAUUCUAAAAUAAUUCACUGCUUUUAAUGCUGUUGUUACAAUUAUGCCAACAAUGCUUUUGUGGAAAUCAUUUUUAUAGAUUAUACAUGUAUAUAGGCAGCAAGUAUACAAUAUAUCUUCACAACUCUGACAAGUAUAAGGCAAUUAACAUACUGUAUAAUAUCUAACAAAGUUAGAGAACAUUUGUGCACCUUUAAAAACUCGUUAAUAAAGAAAUGCAUUUUGCUCAGCAAUAGAGAGCUGUUUAUUGUCCAACUCUGUGAAUAAACUAGCUAGAUUUUU